AUGAAUCCCGAACAACCUGAUACCGAAUCUCCAGUGGCAGCUUCGAGUCCUAGGUCUCCGAAGCUGAAGGCUAGCUCCAAAUUGAACCGAUGGUCCAUGGCCCGAGCUUUACGCUCCGGUGUUAAGAUCACUGACCGUCCCAUCAACACCCCUACUACUACGGAGGAGGCUGAUAAGAAGACUUCUUCGAUUGAUAGUGAUGACGUGGCGGGAAAGUCAAUAUAUUUGGUUUCGGAUGGGACAGGGUGGACUGCAGAGCAUUCCGUUAACGCCGCUUUGGGCCAAUUCGAAAAUCCAUUAGUCAAUCGUGUCUUUCCUGUUAACACCCAUCUCUUCUCUUGGGUGGAGGAUGAGGAGAAGCUGUUAGAGAUCAUAAAGCAGGCAGCUAAGCAAAAGGCAAUGUGUUUCUACACUUUAGCAAAUCCUUUAAUGUCCAAAUCCGCUAAAGAAGCUUGUGAUCAGUACGGAGUGCUUUCAGUUGAUAUCUUAGGACCAAUCAUCGAAGGAAUAGCUUCUCACUUGGGUGUUUCUCCAUCAGGUCUCACCCGUGGAGCGCCCGGUAGGGUCAAGACUCUCAACGAUGCUUAUUUCAAAAGAAUCGAAGCUAUUGAGUUUACCAUUAAGCAAGACGAUGGGACUUUACCCGAGAAUUUAGGCAAGGCUGACAUCAUUCUUGUCGGUGUUUCAAGAACGGGAAAGACGCCGCUGUCUACUUAUAUUGCUCAGAAAGGGUACAAAGUCGCAAAUGUACCGUUUGUGAUGGGUGUGGAACCGCCCAAGACGCUUUUCGAGGUUGAACCGAGGAAAGUUUUUGCGUUGAAGAUCGAACUUGUGGUACUGCAAGCGAUUAGGAGAACAAGGGCUAAAACGUUAGGGGUGGAUACAGAAGGAGAGAACAGAUACUCUGGCUUCGAUCUUGUUCGGAAAGAACUUGAUUUCGCAUCCAAGAUAUAUGCUAAAAACCCUGGAUGGGCGGUUAUAGAUGUGACAAAUAAAGCAAUAGAAGAAACCGCAGCUUUGAUUCUGCGACUUUACCAUGACACUAGCAGUAGCACUUCUGUGCCUUGUAUUUCUAAACGCUUCUAA